CGACCUGCAUGUGUUUUCUCCACAGAGGCAGAGAGAAGCGUGACUGAGGCGGAGACGAAGCAGCUCCCUGAUCCCCAGCUCCGUCCGUGGGGACUGUGCACAGACUUGCUGCAACCAAUUAACUUGCAAAAGAAGAAAUUUACUUGCAGGAAAACAGAUACCGCUGCUUCUCGCCAUCUCCUGUGAAGCCAGCGACACCGAACCCUUAAGCGAAGCUGACGUUAACCCGUUACAGCGACGGGAGCUGCCACGAAUAGAUCCAGUAUCCACGACCCCGGUCGGGAUAGGACCUCGUGUUCCAGUGGCAGUGGGCUCGUAUCUUUUCCCCCCUCUUCUUUUACUCUCUGGGUUACUCCUCUGUUCCGUGGCUGUUAAUUACAUGAAGUGGAUUGUUCUGCUCGCCCCGAACUAAAGCCGGACUAAACGCUGUGCUUCAGAGGAGACAUGCCAACGGCGGUGACAAAGGGGAGCUUCAGUGUUAGUCUUUGAUCCUGUCAGAGUGGGACGUGUCUAGCAGGGGACUGAGGAGGGAGCAGUGCCAACUUGGAACAUGGUGCAUAAUAUUCACCUGGCAGUGCCCCUCCUGCCCAGAUGGGCGUUGCUGUUCCUGCUUCUACUCAGCUGCGUGGUGUUCUCCUCUGUGGCAGACAGCUUGCCAAGUUUUGUCAAAUCCCCUGAGGACCAGACAGGUAUUUCGGGUGGAGUUGCAUCAUUUGUGUGCCAGGCUACCGGGGAGCCCAAACCGAGAAUUACCUGGAUGAAGAAAGGCAAGAAAGUCAGCUCCCAGCGCUUUGAGGUGAUUGAAUUUGAUGACGGUUCGGGCUCCGUACUGCGGAUCCAGCCACUACGCACACACAGAGACGAAGCCAUUUACGAGUGUACAGCCACUAACAGUGCUGGAGAGAUCAACACCAGUGCUAAGCUCACAGUGCUUGAAGAGAACCAGAUCCCCCAUGGCUUCCCCACCAUUGAUAUGGGUCCUCAGCUGAAGGUGGUUGAAAGGACCAGAACUGCCACAAUGCUGUGUGCUGCCAGUGGAAACCCAGAUCCAGAGAUAUCAUGGUUCAAGGAUAUGCUUCCUGUGGACAUCAGCAGCAGCAAUGGACGCAUCAAACAACUUCGCUCAGGUGGUACACCAAUUAGAGGAGCUCUGCAAAUUGAGAACAGUGAGGAGUCGGACCAGGGGAAAUAUGAAUGUGUUGCCAUGAACAGUGCUGGGACCCGUUACUCUGCUCCUGCCAAUCUCUACGUACGAGUGCGAAGAGUUCCACCGCGAUUCUCCAUUCCUCCCACCAACCAGGAGGUGAUGCCAGGCGGUAGUGUCAACUUGACAUGCGUUGCAGUAGGCUCGCCGAUGCCUUAUGUCAAGUGGACCAUGGGCCAGACAGAGCUGACCAAAGAGGAAGAGAUGCCAAUGGGACGCAACGUGCUGGAGGUCACUAACAUCCGUGAAUCAGCUAACUACACCUGCGUGGCCAUCUCUUCUCUGGGCAUGAUCGAAGCCACAGCUCAGGUUACUGUCAAAGCCUUACCAAAGCCUCCCACCUCACUCAUUGUGACUGAGACCACAGCCACCAGUGUAACGCUCACAUGGGACUCUGGAAACCCAGAACCUGUUUCCUACUACAUGAUCCAGUACAAAGCCAAGUCUUCAGACAAUGGCUUCCAGGAAGUAGAAGGUGUGGCUACCACCCGUUACAGCAUCGGUGGACUUAGCCCAUAUUCUGAGUAUGAGUUUCGUGUCAUGGCUGUUAACAACAUUGGCCGCGGGCCUCCCAGCGACCCUGUGGAGACGCGCACCGGUGAACAGGCCCCCUCCUCACCACCUCUGCAUGUCCAAGCACGCAUGCUGAGCGCCAGCACAAUGUUGGUGCAGUGGGGACCACCUGAGGAACCCAAUGGGCAAAUCAGAGGCUACCGGGUCUACUACAGCUCUGACCUGACUGCUCCACUCAGCGCUUGGCAAAAACACAACACAGACGAUAGCAGCCUGACUACCAUCUCAGGCCUGACUCCUGAUAUCACCUACAGCCUCAGGGUGCUAGGUUUCACCUCUGUAGGUGACGGGCCACCUUCUGACAUCCUGCAGGUCAAAACACAGCAGGGAGUCCCUGCCCAGCCAUCCAGCUUUGAGGCUGAAGCCGAGCUGGACACACGCAUUGUACUAACAUGGCUGUGGCCGGUACAGGACCCCAUCACUAAGUAUGAGCUGCAGUACUGGGAGGCAGGCUCAGAAAACAAGAUACACAAGACCUUCAACCCGGCAGGCUCCUAUGCUGUGGAGGGUUUAAAGCCUGACACCUUGUACCGUUUCUCUCUCGCAGCCCGUUCCGAAAUGGGUUUAGGGGUCUACACACAGCCCAUCGAAGCGCGCACUGCCCAGUCCACCCCAUCUGCUCCCCCUCAGGAGGUACAUCUGGUCAGCCUGAGCUCCACCAGCCUCAAGGUGAGUUGGGUGGCACCUCCUGCCGCUAGCCGCCAUGGCGCCAUUGUGCGCUACUCAAUCAGCUACCAGGCCCUGGCUGGAGAGGAUAUGGAGCGGUUCGAGGUGACGGGCAUCGGCGCAGAGGCCACCAGCUAUGUGCUGGAUGGCCUGGAGAAGUGGACUGAGUAUCAGGUGUGGGUGAGGGCACACACUGAUGUUGGGCCAGGCCCUGAGAGUGCCCCAGUGAAGAUGAGAACUAAAGAGGAUGUGCCAGGAGCACCCCCCAGGAAGCUGGAGGUUGAGGCAAUAAAUUCCACAGCCAUCCGAGUCACCUGGAAGCCGCCCAUGCAGGGGAAGCAGCACGGCCAAAUCCGGGGCUACCAAGUCAUCUUUUCUCGUCUUGAAAAUGGCGAACCACGAGGCCAGCCUAACAUCAUGGAUGUUGCUUUGCCAGAGGCACAGUGGAAUAUUGAGGAAUCCACCGAGCAUGAGGCCAUCAUUGGUGGACUGCAGUCUGAAACCACCUACUCUGUCACUGUAGCAGCAUAUACCACAAAGGGAGAUGGAGCUCGUAGCAAAGCUAAAGUCAUCACCACAACUGGAGCAGUACCGGGGAAGCCUACUAUGAUGAUCAGCACCACCAUGGGCAACACAGCACUGAUGCAGUGGCAGCCGCCUAAAGAAAUGGUGGGGGAGCUGAUGGGCUACCAGCUGCAGUACAAGCGCACUGAUGAGGAAACGUAUACCUCACGUGAGCUGAGGAAGACUGACGACCACUACACUGUCACUGGUCUGCAUAAAGGCGCCACCUACAUCUUCCGCCUGAGUGCCCGUAACCGUGCAGGCAUUGGUGAGGCCUACGUAAAGGAGAUCAGCACCCCUGAAGACGUGCCCUCAGGCUUCCCCUUUAACCUCAAAGUUACAGGAUUGACACAAUCCAGCACACAACUGACCUGGGAAGCCCCACUGCUGGCGGAAAGGAAUGGCAAGAUCAUAUACUAUGUGGUGGUGUACAGGGACAUAAAUAGCCAGCAAAACAGCACCAACCGCACAGCUUACACAAACAUGACUAUCAAUGGCCUUAAUCCUGACACCACUUAUGACAUUCGGGUGCAGGCGUUCACCAGCAAGGGCGGCGGACCCCUCAGCCCCAGCAUCCAGAGCAGGACCAUGUCGAAUGGUAGGAUAAGUGAUUUUCCCACCCUAAACUUUGGCGUCAAAGCUGUCAUGAAAACAUCCGUCCUUCUCACCUGGGAUUUGCCACCAAACUACAAACCCCAAGCACCAUUUAAGAUCUUGUAUAACCAGCAAAGCGUGGAAGUGCAGGGAAACCUGAAGAGAAAACUAAUCACACAGCUGCAACCAGACACCGACUACUCUUUCGUACUGACAAGCAGAGGCAACAUUGCUGGAGGUCUACAGCAGCAGGUGUCCAUUCGCACUGCCCCAGACCUGAUCAAGACCAAGCCUAGCACACAUCAGGCUCAAGGUGGCAAGAUGACAAUCAACCUGCCCAAGGUCCAGACCACCACACGUGUCAGGUGGUACUACAUCGUGGUGAUGCCGGUGUCUCAAGCAACACGGCAGUUGAACAAUCCAGACGAGAUGGACCUGGAUGAGCUGCUCAAGUCAAGUGAAGGUCCUGUCCUAAGACGCCGACGUCACCUGGAUUCCUCUAAGCCUUACAUUGCUGCCAAGUUGGCUUCAUUGCCAGUCAGCUUUACACUGGGCGAUGAGAAGAGGUACAACGGCUUCUACAACAAACCCCUAACCAGCCAGCAGGAGUACCUCUGCUUUGUCCUGGCUGCACUUCGAUAUGAAGGGACAGACAACACUGCUAAUUACAUGACAUUUUCAGCCAGUCCCUACUCAGACCCAAUCCAGGUCACACCAAGUCCUCAGGGGAUGGAGCAACCUGAAAUGUUGUGGGUCAUGGGCCCAGUGCUGGCUGUGGUCCUCAUCGUCAUCAUUGUCAUCGCCAUCCUACUCUUUAAAAACAAACAGGAAAGGAAGCGGGCGUCACCCCUACCUAAAGAUGAGCACUCAGGUGGCGUGAAAGACUCCCUGCUGGCCAACUCGUCCGACCCUGUGGAGAUGAGGAGACUCAACUACCAGACCCCAGGUCCCAGCUCUCAUCGUUGCCCCAACACUCCAAGAAUGAGGGAGCACCCGCCCAUUCCGGUCGUUGACCUGGCUGACCACAUAGAGCGACUUAAGGCCAAUGAUAGCCUCCGCUUUUCACAGGAGUAUGAGUCCAUUGAUCCCGGCCAGCAGUUUACCUGGGAAAACUCCAACAUGGAAGUCAACAAGCCAAAGAACCGCUAUGCAAACGUCAUUGCCUAUGACCACUCCAGAGUGGUGCUCACCUCUGUUGAUGCCGUCCCAGGCAGUGACUACAUUAAUGCCAACUACAUCGAUGGCUACAGGAAACAGAAUGCCUACAUCGCUACUCAGGGGCCCCUGCCAGAGACACUUAGUGACUUCUGGAGGAUGGUAUGGGAGCAAAGAUCCAGCACCAUCAUCAUGAUGACCAGACUGGAGGAGAAGUCUCGGGUGAAGUGUGACCAGUACUGGCCGUCACGAGGAACAGAGACCUACGGCAUGAUCCAGGUCACCAUGUUGGACACUGUGGAGUUGGCCACUUACAGCGUCCGUACCUUUGCCCUCUACAAGAAUGGCUCCAGUGAGAAGAGAGAAGUAAGACAGUUCCAGUUCAUGGCCUGGCCAGACCAUGGGGUACCUGAGUAUCCCACCCCCAUCCUGGCCUUUCUUCGACGGGUAAAGGCCUGCAACCCUCCAGAUGCAGGGCCCAUGGUGGUCCACUGCAGUGCGGGCGUGGGCAGGACUGGGUGCUUCAUUGUAAUCGAUGCCAUGCUGGAGCGCAUGAAGCACGAGAAGUCCGUAGACAUCUACGGCCAUGUGACGUGCAUGCGUGCCCAGAGGAACUAUAUGGUCCAGACCGAGGACCAGUACAUCUUCAUCCAUGAGGCCCUACUGGAGGCAGCCACCUGCGGCAACACUGAGGUUCCAGCACGCAACCUCUACGCCCACAUCCAGAAACUCACCCAGGCUCCACCUGGAGAGACAGUCACUGCUAUGGAGCUGGAAUUCAAGAGACUGGCCAACUCCAAAGCCCACACAUCACGCUUCAUCAGCGCCAACUUGCCCUGCAACAAGUUCAAGAACCGCCUGGUCAAUAUCAUGCCUUUUGAGUCCACACGUGUCUGCCUGCAGCCCAUCCGUGGUGUCGAGGGUUCUGACUACAUCAACGCCAGCUGCAUUGAUGGCUACAGACAGCAGAAAGCCUACCUGGCCACACAGGGCCCCCUGGCUGAGACCACUGAGGACUUCUGGAGGAUGCUGUGGGAGCACAACUCCACUAUUGUUGUCAUGCUGACCAAGCUACGAGAGAUGGGCCGGGAGAAGUGCCAUCAGUACUGGCCAGCAGAGCGUUCAGCCAGGUACCAGUACUUUGUGGUGGAUCCGAUGGCUGAGUACAAUAUGCCUCAGUACAUCCUCAGAGAGUUUAAAGUCACAGAUGCCAGGGAUGGACAGUCCAGAACAAUCCGCCAGUUCCAGUUCACUGACUGGCCCGAGCAAGGAGUGCCAAAAACCGGAGAAGGUUUCAUUGAUUUCAUUGGACAAGUGCACAAAACCAAGGAACAAUUUGGACAGGAUGGACCAAUCACUGUACACUGCAGUGCCGGGGUAGGCAGGACCGGAGUCUUCAUCACCCUCAGCAUUGUACUGGAGAGGAUGAGGUACGAAGGUGUGGUCGACCUCUUCCAGACAGUGAAGACGCUUCGCACACAGCGGCCUGCCAUGGUGCAGACCGAGGACCAGUACCAGUUGUGCUACAGGGCAGCAUUGGAGUACCUGGGGAGCUUUGACCACUAUGCAACGUAACCACUCCCACCGAACAGUUUCCCUGGUCAAACCUCUCAGGAGUGUGCCAAGUGUCCCAUCUCCGCUGCCAUCCACUCACCCCCUAAAACCCAACCCCUCGCAGCUACCGGAGGGGUGGCGAAAGGGACGAGCUUGCAGACCCGUUCAAUCACAGAGAUAUACGCAGAGUUAACCAACCUCGUGAGAUUUUGCUUUAAAAUUGAUAAGUGAAACAAUACAGUGACUAUGACAAACAUGACAACUCUUGUACAGAUCCGACAGGGCAGACUGGCAAUUUGCCUCUCUGCUCUGUCGAAGCCAAACCUCCCUGAUUGUCAAAGGCUACUGGUAGCACUAAGAGAGCAUUCUCUUUGUUUUCUUUUUUUAUUAAAUUUAUUGUCUAUAUUAUGAUUUAUUAUGUCAAAUAUUUUUGUUUAGUAUACCUUUUUGUUGUUUUUAAUAAUCAUUGUAAUAUCAGACAUUUCUUCUGUCUUAAACUGCCCAGUCUUGGGCGUGCAUUAUUUUCAUAAUCAUUUCUAGGGGACUUUAGCACAAGGGGCAUGUAUUUUUAACAUGUUUCUAGACACUAAUACAGGAGGACCACUGUUCUCUGAGCUGCUGUCAGAUUUCUUUUGUCACUUGACAUUAUUGUUUUAUUCAUUUUAUGUGUCAUAAACAUUGUUUUUGGUCUUACUCAGUUCAGGAACUCAAAUUGCCUUUUCACUUGCCGUUUGUGAUUAAAAACACAAAAAAAAUCAAUGUUGCGAAAAUUGAUUUCAGAGCACAGACUGGCUGUAGUUGUCCUUCUGUAAACGUGGUAGCUAACAAACACAAGUGAAUUACCUAACAAGAGACUAAAUCACAAAUGUACAGAAAUGGAAAGCACAUUUUUUCUACGUUUCUUUGUUCUUGUUUUGUUUUGUUUUGUUUUUCAUCAGAAGCCUAUGGCAUUGAGGCCUUCAUUGCUCCACAGCGGAGAACUUACCUGAGGAAAACAGACUUUUAUACCCAAAGGGUAGAUGACAGACAACAAACUCCCAAUCUCGGAAUAUAGACGCUCUUCAAGUCCCUCCCAUCUCCUCGCUUGCCAUUAGCCUGGUCUGUUUACUGGAGUGGAACCAGACAGACCGAAAGGAGCAGAAGUGGUUGGUAUAGGCUGGAGCAGAGCCAUCACCGUUGGUACCUGUACAGAAUCAACCAUUCCUACCAGAGGGAAAGAGACUCAGCCCACUGGACUGAAACCUGAUAUUAUUUUAUACAGAAAUAGAAUUAUAAAUAUAUAUAUAUAUAUAUAUAUAUAUAUAUAUAUACACACACACACACAUAUAUAUAUAUAUAAUUAUGACUGAUUAUAUAUAUGUACAAUUACACAUAGAUAUAUACACAGUUUCAAAAGUAUAUUGUUAUAAAGGAAUUAUUCUGCUGACCUACCUAGAGACACUGCAGAGAGCCUGCUGUCCUAGCGUGUGUAUUAAUGAAAACACCAUUGUAUCUACUGCAUUACCAUAGUAACCUAGACAGCUGGUUGUCUGACUAAGGAACGACAGCACAACCCCCAACCCCACUCAUCCAAAUGGACGACUCCUCACUCAGCACAGGCCGUCGUACCACUAAAGCACACAUCUUGUCCCACACAAACGAGGGAGAGAGAAGCGUCUGAUCCAAGAGGCCUAAGCAUUGUAGUGGCGGUGAGAGGGAGGGGGGACUUGAAAACGGUGGCAAAAAAACAAAAAUGUUCAUUUUUACCUUGUGAAUGCUUAGUGCUGUAGGGGUUCGAUCUGUUGUACACACAGUCUGUUUUCUAUUUGUUGAUAAAGAACUGGAAUUUAAAAAGAAACUGUUAAUGAAAAAGAUAAAAACAUUGAUGUUAAUAAAGUUAAAUAAUUGGGUUUUUGUACAAAGA